UAUAGCCUAGGUUAUUCCCUCAUUCUCUCAUUCUCUCUUCAUGGCUCUCUUGUUCUUCGAGGAGUAUGCCGCGAAUUCCUACCUCUACGCCGUCUUGGUGAUCGGAUUGGCGUCGCUUCUUCCCAUGGGAUUGCUGGAGCUCAAAGGAGGAGGUCUGAGGUACUCCAAAUUCGCCGAGGGCAAGAGUCCGCUAGGCGAAAUCCCCAGCAGAAUCGCCAUGUUUCUCUUCUAUUUCCCCUCGGCGGCAUUGGCAGGAGCUGUUUUGAGCGCCACCAUGGGAAUUCUCCCAUCGCUCGCCCCGGAAUUCCUCAAGAACACUCACCCUAGUCCCAGGUUCCUGGUGCUCACCGCUGCGAUUUGCAUCCAUUUCUCCAAGAGGGUCAUCGAGGUGCUGUUCGUGCACAAGUACUCCGGCAAUGCUGAGCUCCUGUCCAGCUUGAGCAUCGUGUUCUUCUACACGGCCUCCACGGCCAAUCUCCUCUACGCGCAGCAAGUGGCGGAGGAUCUGGCACCACCCAAGAUCGACUUGAUGUUCCUGGGGUGUGUGUUCUUCGUGGUCGGCAUCGUCGGGAACUUCUACCACCACGAUUUGCUCGCCCAGCUGAGAAGUGGCCGCUCCCCGCAGCAGCCGAGAUACGUGGUUCCUCACGGUGGAUUGUUCGAUCUCGUCGCGUGCCCGCACUAUCUGUUCGAGAUCAUCGAUUUCAUAGGCCUGGGGAUGAUCUCCCAGACUGCCAUCAGCGCCGCCACAGUGAUGCUCGUCGCCUUCUACCUCACCUCGCGAAGCAUUUCCACCCGGCGAUGGUACCUCAAGAAAGUCGAUGGCUUCCCGAGACAGAGGAAGGCUUUGAUUCCAUUUGUCCUGUAAAUGACGUGUCAGUGACAUGGCAGCUGUUCUAAUGUCUGUCGGUGCCACGUCAGGAAGCGCGGAGAAAGGAUAUUCGAUUAGGGUUUAUGGUGAUUUUAGGGAAGAAGGCAGAGGAGAGGAAGGAAUCGCUUUGGCGCGUGGCGAGGCGAUGAUUUCUUCCAGCGGCUUCACUCCUUGCUGAUUUGGGCGGCUACAUUUGUGGCACUCGUUUCUCGAUUGGGCGGGCCAGCAGCUAUGUCGGCCGUGCUCGCGUCCCCAUUUCUUGCGCAGCAAAUCCGAGCUCCUGACGUAGGAGCGGCUAUUACCGGGAGUAGCGUUAGGAUAAUUCAUGUUGGUCACCGCAAAUUCGAUGUCUCGGCUCUAGCAGUGACAACCACUUGCAGCGCGAUGAGGGCAACGUGUGAAGCCCAGCAGCAGACAAUCCAAAACCAGUCGGCUGUCGUCUCCAAGACGGCUCCAAUGCAAUCGAAGGAAGCUUUCGUCCCCAAGCUUGACGAUGGCGGUGGCGGUGGCCCCGGCGGCGGGGACGACGGUGGCGGCGAUGGUGGCGGCGGUGGCGGAGGAUGGGGAGCUGGGGGAUGGUGCUUCUGGGGCGUGCUACUUCUGCUUGGAUUUCUAAAGAGCAACGAGGAGAACAGCAAGAAGAGGAGAAGGCGAAGACAAUUGUAAAAUAUUUUUUUUCCAAUCGAUCAUAUUUCUUUGAAUUA